AUGUUAGGGAUGUUCGUUCACUUGAAGAGAUUGUGGUUCCUCUCGAUAAGGAUAAGGUCAGAUAUCUUCUUCCCAGCGUCGCCUUCUCCUUCCUCUCUCUGUCUCGAUCUCUCUCUCCGUCUAUCCGUCUUUCUUCCUAACAAGCAGCGGAUCCUGCACACUUCCAUCGCCCUUCGUUCACGCCUCGACUGCAAAACGCCAGCCCAGACCCUCCUAGAGCCGCCUAGGGCCGCCUAG